AUGGUGGAGAGAUUGUGUAGCCUUGGUUGUCCAGAUAACAUCGCAAAAGAUUUGUCUAUAUUGACACUUUAUAAUAUUAUUCUCAUCGUUCGUCAACCACGCAGCCCAACAACUACCGCAGCCGAUAGACUCAUAGAUGCACUUCUAGACAUAGCCAACCUCAGCCAAAUCAAGAAAAAAAACCCCGUUAGCGUUCCCCCGUGGCCAUAUAGAAGUUUUAUUCCCUGGAUAUGGGAAAUAAUUAGCUUAUUUCUUCAACCCGACAUGAUAUUUCCAUCAGCCGGGAAUUUGGGAGGUCGACAACGGGACGGUGUAGGCUAUUUAUACAUUAAUAUAACAGGCGUUGAAACCUCAAAUACCAGUCGCAACUACAGAUGCAGGUCCGAUUGGGUUGAUAUAAAGCCCGCUAGGAACCAUAUCGGCCUCCAGUUCUCCGUGUUUCACCCCAAUUUUCAACCGACAAGACAUCUGAGGAUUAUUGGAUUCUCAUGGCGAAGAUUUUACUGGGUUCGAUUGUACCAGAGUGGAGGGAACGCAGGUUGUAAAGUUGAAGUUGGAUCAAGUAUAUUGAAGUUUGAUCCUAUCACAUAUAUAUAUAUGUGA